UAUAUCGGCGCUUAGCACGUGUAGUACGCACGUUGCUUGAAUUUUGUUAUUUAAAACGCUAAAUUACACAGCUCACCGAUGGUACCGAAUGAGAAAAGUUUCCCCCGAGGCGGGACGAUCCACGCCGAAGCCAAAUCCUCCGACAUCAGCUCAAAUAUUGUUUUUGGUGCGUCGCAGAAGAAGACGAGAAAGGCUCCGAAAAUAAAAGAAAACUUCCUUAACGACCUCGCAGAGGAACAGAAUGACCAACUGGAGGCCUUCUCUGCGGAAUCGCUCAGCCUGGACACGCUGCAGGACGACAUGCUGGUCAUGGGGGUGGUCAAGGAGACGAGCGCCACCGCCCUGCAGAUUGCCCUGCCCGGCCGGAUGUUCGCCCGCACCCUGGUGGCCGACAUAUCCGAGGCCUACACCCGCGUGGCCAAGGCGGCCAUGUCCGGGGACACCAGCGAGUACCACGAUCUCACCGAACUUUUCCAGGUGGGCCGCAUCGUCUACGGCAAGGCCAUCAAGACAGAAAAGCUGGGCAGCAGCCGCAUCAGCCUGCUGCUGUCCCUCAAGCCGGCCGACGUCCAUGGCAGUCUGCAUCACAAGAGCAUCAAGAAGGGAUUCAUCUUCUCCGGGGCCGUGGCGGAGAUCCAGGAGCACGGCUAUGUCAUCGAGACGGGAGUGCAGGGACUGCAGGCCUUCGUGGCCUGCGAGGAGCCGGCACAGACGCUUCAUGUGGGCCAGCUGGCGUUCCUGAAGGUCAAAAAGGUGCAGCACAACGCCCACCAGAGCACCUGCACCUGUGUCCAGGUGGAGCAGGACCAGCUGCGCAUCAAGAGCCAGAACGAGACGAACCUCGACUACAUCCUGCCGGGCAGCAUUGUCAGGUUCAAGGUGGCCAAGCUCCUGAAGGAUGGCCUCAAGGGCAGCAUCAUGAACGAAUCCUUCAGCGCCUACGUCAACGAGCACCACCUGGCCAACGCCCUGGACACCCUGGAUGCCUACGAGCUGAACGAGGAUUACAAUGCUAGGGUGCUCUAUGUGAUGCCUCUCACCAAACUGGUGUACCUAACUCUCAACCUGGAUAUCAAAGCGGGAGACGAGGUGGCAAAGGAUGAGGAAGAGCAGGAGGAGGAGCCCCUCAAGGUGGGCUCCGUGGUGGAAAAGGCCAAGGUUCUGCGGCUGGGCAGCGGUGGAGUGGUGCUGCUGCUUAACAAGAAGCUGAAGGGCAUCAUCUCGUACGGUUCCAUCAGGGCCAACUUCAAGGGCAACUACGACAAGGACGAGGUGCUAUCCAAAUACGCUCGCAAGACCAAGCACAAGGUGCGCAUCCUGGGCUACGACGUGAUUGAGUCCAUGUACUACUGCUCCGACGAUCCCAACGUGGUCAACGAAAAGAUCUACAGCCUGGAGGACAUCAAUGCCGGCGACGUGGUCACGGCGAAGAUUUUCAAGAAGGACGACAAGAUCAAGGGCUGGUCGGUGAAGAUCGGCAAAGUGAACGGCAUUCUGGAACAGUUCUACAUGGCGCCCAAUGUCCGCUACGAUGUGGGCCAGUCGUUGAGGUUCCGUGUCCUCGAGGUGAACUCCGAGCGCAAGGUCUGCUAUCUGAGCAAUCGCAGCGAGUAUUUGGGCAAGGGAUUGAAACUGCUCAACGAUUACUCGGCCGCCCAGGUGGGCAACGUCUAUACGGGCACUGUGGUCCGCUGUGAGGACAACUAUGUGCUCGUCAAGUUCGGCAGCGGUGUUAAAGGAGUCCUGCACAGGCAAAGCCUGAAGGAACAGAGCUCCUUCUUCGAGGGACAGACCGCAAAGUUCCGCAUUCUGAGUCGCAGUAAGGACCAAAUCACUUUGUCCCUGCCGGAGGACAAGUUCCAGCUGGGCGAGAUCUGUCCCGUAGAGAUAACCAAUGCCUUGGACGCCGGACUGGAAAUUAAAAUCACCUUCGCCGCCGAGGAUGACGAAGAGGACGACGAGGGCAACCCGGUGGUGGAGGAGUACGUGGGCCUCAUCCCGCUGCGACUGCUUUCGGACCACCUGGAGCUGCUCCACGCCCAGAUGCGUGUGCAUCCCGUGGGCUCCCACACCGAGGCAGCCUGCAUUGUGCAGAACAUCUUCAGUCUGCGCGAUGUGGCCUACUUCAGUGGCCAGCUCACCAAGGACUGGCAUUCGGUCCAAGUGGGAGACAUCAUUCGCUCCUACGUGAAGAAUGCCACCGAGCAGGUGGUGGACCUCAUGGUGUCCGUUCGCAACUACAACAAGCCAGUGAAGGUUCACGUGAAGAUGCUGCGACUAAAUGCCGUGAAAAAUGCGCCCGUAGAGCUGGUUCCGGAGCAGCUGCUCUUAGUGAAGGUGCUCAGCAAGGAGCCGGAAACCAAGACACUUACUGUUUCCGCCAAGCUCACCGAUGUGUGGAGCGGCGAUCUUAGUGAUACUGCCAAGCUGGUCGAACGCUAUCUGGAUGAAGUGGCUCAGAUAAAAACAGCACUGCAAGAAACCUCUGCACCCAUUGCAAAAUACUCCGUAGGCGACAAAAUCAAUGUUGUCUUCAAGGGGAUCGAUGCGGCUUCCCAUGACUGGGUCUAUACUGUGGAGGGCAGCACCAAAGUUUCGGCUCUGCUGCUCUCCAGUGUGGCAGGAACUGCAACAGCUCCCGAAGCGGGCACCAAGCAGCAGGCGAUCAUUCUGUGGAUCGAUUACUCCAGCGACGUGCUGCUCAUCAGCAACAAGAAACUGGACAUCGCGCACAUUUCACCAAGCGGAGAACUGGCCACCAAUCUGAUCGGCAAGGCGGGCAUGAAGGCCAAGGUGCCUAAACUGGAGUCCGUGGCGGUGUGCUCACUGAAGAAGGGCGCAAAUCCGUUGGUCAUCUGUCCGAUUCGCUUGCAUCCCAACGAUGUGGAGAACUCUGGAAGCGCAGAGCUCAGACAGGGAGACUUCUGCAACCUAGCUUUUAUUCACGAUAAGCUUCCGAUCGCUGUGCCCGAGACUGUAUGGCGCCUCUGGCGAGGAGUUAAAAGGUCGGCGGCUGACGAGAAAAGCCAAGUGAAAGCCAAAAAGGCCAAAGUUGAGGAGCCGUCCAAGCAGGAGAAAUCUAGCAUUGAGGAGAUUUCGACGAAGAAGAAGGCCAAGGCGGAGACCGCACCCACCAAGCGAAAGGCUGAAGAGACAGCAAAAACCACCACUAAUGGCCAAAAGAAGACUCAAUCCUUGACCAAUGGCGUAGUCAAGGAAAAGCCGAAGCAGAAUGGCAAGCUCUUCUUUGAGGACAAAACUCCAGCAAAGAAUGCAAAGUCCGAAACACCAGUAAGCAAUGGAACUGAAAGUAAGGCGCGAUUACCGGGUGUGUCCAGUUUUUGGGAGACCGAUGUGAGCCAGUCAAAGGAAGCUUCCAGCGACGAAGACGAGGACCAAGACGCAGAGGAAUCGCAGCAAAAUGCAGCCAAGAAGAAACGUCUGAGUGCCAAGGAGAAGGCCAAGGCAGAGGUCAAGGAGGAGCAGCGACUGCGGGAGAUUGAGGAGCGCAAUGCCGACCCCAAGGCCCGUCUGGAGACCAUCGACCAGUACGAGCGACUGGUGAUUGCCCAGCCAAACAACAGCAUAUCCUGGCUGAAGUACAUCGCUUUCCUGCUGUCCAACACGGAGAUCGAAAAGGCUCGCGGUCUGGCUCGAAGAGCCAUUUCAACGAUAUCCUUCCGCGAAACCCAGGAGCUGCGGAACAUGUGGAGCGCCCUGCUCAACAUGGAGCUUGUCUACAGCAACAAUUUCGACGACGUGCUCAAGGAAGCCUUGAAUUGCAACGAUCCGUUGGAAAUCUACAUAGGUGUUGUUGAUAUUCUAAAGAAGAACAAGAAAAAGGAGCGGCUCACCUCGGUGCUGACCACUAUCCUUAACAAGUUUAAGGCGGAGCUCAGGGUGUGGCCCCUGGCCGCCGAGGCUUACUUCUGGCUGGGCAAGUCCGACCAGGUCCACAAUCUUCUCCAGCGCGCUCUGCGUGGGCUGCCAAAUCAAGAUCACAUCAACUGCAUUGUGUCCUUCGCCAAGCUGUAUGCGAAGAACGGAAACAACGACAUGGCUCAGACACUGCUCGACGAUGUGGUUACCUCCUAUCCCAAGCGAAUCGACAUCUGGUCCGUAUAUGUGGACAUGCUGAUCAAGUCGGACUUAAUCGAUGCUGCGAGAAACGUUUUGGAGCGCGCCGUUUUGCAGAAACUAAAACCAAACAAGAUGCAAGUCAUCUACAAGAAGUAUCUGCAACUGGAGGAGAACCACGGCACGGAGGCGACAGUGGCCAAAGUCAAGCAGCAGGCGGAACAGUGGGUGAAAAACUACGCCAAGGCGGUCAAGUAGCUCCAUCCCUCCGCCACUUUUAGGUCAUAGGCUAGGAUUAGAUUAACGUCAACAAGUUACAUACAGUGUUUUUUCAUGAUACUUUAUUCUAAAACUAUUUUAAAUGAAGUGUGAUUCCGAGUGCUACCUUUUAAAUAUAUAUGUAUGACAGUACCUA